CCGUCUGAGAGGUUGGUUGGGUGCAGCAGUGUGUCACUAAAAUACUCUCCUGGAAUUGUGCUUAGACCACCGAAUAGACGGACUAUCUACACUUAAAGAUGAUGUGGAGUGUUCUGAUCAUGCUGGCUGCUGCCCUCAGUGUCGAGGCCUAUGCUGUCAAUGAUCUCCAUGAGCGUUUGGCCCAUGGUCGCCAGCUGAAGAUCUUCCUGCCCAAAAGUGUAGAGAAGCUGGAGUUCACUCCAGCUGAUGAUCCCGGGAAGACCUUUUUGUACUGGGAGAAGGGCAGACUCAGGACAACCAAAGGCAGGGUGUCUGGCACAGGCAGUGACCGACGCUGGUACAUCGACAAGGUAACUUAUGAGGACCAGGGGACAUACAUUCAAAAAGACUUCUGGAAUAAAGAGAUAUCUACUGUCAAAGUGGCUGUCACACCCAGGCAUAACUAUGUGAAGUGUGUAGCAGGAGAGAGUCUCUACAUCUCACUUGAGGGCAUUGACCUGGCUGAUGCUGUCCUCUCCUUCUCUGGGGUGGCUGCCAACGUUACACUGGUGCAUGAUGGUGCUCGAGUCUCCCAGGACCUUCCUGAUUACUGGGACAGGGUUCAGACCCACUCAAUGAAAAUCGAGAUCAGGAAUGUGAACUAUACUGAUGAGGGACGUUACACACUGAGAGACCGCAGGGACCGGGUGGUGUCUGUUACUAGGAUGGACCUGACAGACCAUCAUGAGUACUCAGAGGGAAACCCUCUCAUGGCUCUGCUUUUACUGCUGGGCAUCCCGGCUGGGAUUUGCUGCUGUUGUCGGAAGAAAAUUUUCAAGAAGAAAGCCACCACUGCUACAACGCUACAGACUACCCCAGAUGCAGUCCAUCCUCCUCCCUGUGGUCCUUUUGGACCUUCUCCUCCCUACAACACCCCGGCACAACCAGGAGUGGCGUACUACCAUGGCACUGACUCUAACGUGGGUCCUACAGUCCACCCCCCCCCUCUGGCUCCAGGCCCAGGCCACUGGAACGGCCCCCCACCCUCCCCAGGUUUUAACCCAUCCUACCAACCCGUGAACCCUGCCUACCCUCCUGCCGGUCCUGUAGCUCCAAUGGGCUACCAUCCAGCUCCAGUCAUUUAUGGCUCUCCUCCACCACCAGCAAUGAGUGAACCUGUUAAAGAGGAGAUCAAGAUGGAGAAUAUGGUUUCUUCACCUGCUACCCCCCCACCGGCUGCCACACCACAGGCUAAAGCUGCAUCCUCUCCUGUGGCUCCUGCGCCCACCUCAUCCACCAGCGUUUUCAGCUCCUCGGAUAGUGCCUACAAGUUCCAAGUUGAUGGAGAGAAAACCGACACCAACUUCCUGUAAGGACACUGACUCCUGGAGCAGCUCCCAGUCCUUCCUGAACAUUUUGCAUUUCUCUAACUAUCAAAUCGGGGAUGCAAUAUGGUGCAGGUGGAAACGAUGAACAACAUUUAGAUGGUAGAUUCUGUUUGCCUCCUUGCCUUGAUCAGUAUUUAAUCCCUAUCUGACUGAAAAGAUGUGUUUUUUGGCUAAACAAUUAUGCAUGUAGGAGUUGGUUAUUUGGGGAUCAAAUUUCCAGAGGCGAGGAGACAAAAAAAAGUAGUGUUUUGUUGAAGUGUUAGCAUGUGAUAUAAAAUUAAUAUCAACAUCAUUAGAUGAUGAGGAGAUCAUUAGUAAAUCUAAAACACAGGGCUGGUUUCAGUUUACCAAAAGUUUAAGAGAUGUCAUUAGCAACAUACAUAAUAACAUAAUUACCAUUUCUGCUCUGUUUGUUUCUUCUUCUUUGAUUCCUUUUGGCUGAUUUAAUGGUCCAGGAAAGCCAAGGAAUCAAGAAAAAGACUGGAGAUUAAUCAAACGUCAGUGUCUAGAAGCAACAGUAAAAAGAAAACAAAGCAAUUAUGAAAAUCAUUCAACAGUAACAGCUAACAGACAUCACAGCUGGGUAGCCUUGGGCGUGUUCAGACAUCUGUCUUCAACACAUCUCAUUUUAAUGCAACAAAUUUGACCGGGCAAGUAUGUGGAUUUUAAUUGUUGGGAAACAAUACAAUAUUACUAUCUGUGUGGAGUAAUGUCUUGAAGAUUCUUAUUUAUCCAGGUCAUGGUACUUCUAGGUGCUUUCCAAAGGCAACUGGACUUGCUUGAGGUUGUAGAAGAGACAGAACAUAGUAGUUUAUUAUGGUAAUUUCUGUGCUUGGGUUGACAUCCUUGUUAGGUGCUGAAUGGUUAUAGUUGGCAGUAGCACGUUAUGCAAUAUGUUGAUUGCAAUUAUAUUACCGGAAUCUUGUUAGCAACAUGUUAUAUUACUUCCUUAGCGGGUAAAGGUAAUAUUUUAAUUACAAUAAUACAGUAAUCCCUCGUUUAUCGCGGGGGUUACGUUCCAAAAAUAACCCGCGAUAAGUGAAAUCCGCGAAGUAGAUAUAUCUUCAUUUUUACUAUUAUUACGACGGCCUUGUUGCGGACUGUCACAGCUCUUUUUGCAUCCGUGUUAAAGUUUAUUGCUGCUGUCGCCCUGAUUUUAUUUUCCUCCUUCUUUAUGUAACGAACCGAAGAUUCAUUUAUUCCGUAAUGACGCCCGACAGCCGCAUAGCUUUUACCGUCCUUCAGCAUGUCCAAAAGUUUAACUUUUUCUGUAAUAGUGAGCAUCUUCCUCGGCCUCUUCGGUGCGUCUGGAGGCCCCUUUGUCGGCGCAGAACGCUUCUUCGACAUUGUGGGUUUUGUCAAGGAGAAAAAUUGCAAACAAAUUUGGCAGAAUGUGCAGAAACGAAAACUGUCAUAAAAAUAUCAACUUUUCACUUCUAAACAGUGAAGCCACUGAGCCAAAUAGGAUUCAGAGCACAAUGCACUGUAAAAAAAAAAAAGCGCUGUAAAAAAAAUACUGUAAAAAAAAAAAUACUGUAAAAAAAAUCCGCGAAGCA